UGAAGGGGGAAAACAAAACAAGGCGAGAGGCGGAGGAAGCUGCUCGGCUAGAGGUCGCCCGCGCGGGAGGAGGCGGCAGCAGACAGGCUGCCCGGCUUGCUGGCUGGCGUUCUCGCCUGAGCAUCCCUCCGGCUCGGCGGGGCGUGAGAAUAUAUUAUGCUGGUUCAUGAGACAGAAGGAGAGAGCACUGUGACCAGCUACUGAUUUCUGGGAAGCCAGUUUUUAAAAAUGCUGGAAUUGUUGAUGCUGUUGUACAAAGUUUGGAGCUAGUGUGCAAGCCGUUGUACAAGCCAUUCAAUCAUUUGGGGUUGGCAUUGCAGUGGAUACAUGCGAAUAUCAUGAUGGAAGAGAGAGAGAAUUUUUCACCUCUGAAUUCACUGACUGAAUAUUACCCAAUUAAGGAAGCAGACAAAAUAGAUCAAAGUGGCAAUACUCAAAGAAAUGAAGGAAACCAAGGAACAAUGCAGCUGAAAAAGGAAAUCUCUCUUCUUAAUGGGAUUAGCCUAAUAGUAGGAAACAUGAUUGGUUCAGGUAUCUUUGUUUCCCCCAAAGGAGUACUCAACUAUAGUACAUCUUAUGGAUUGUCACUAGUAAUUUGGGCAAUUGGUGGGAUUUUUUCAGUGUUUGGAGCUCUAUGUUAUGCUGAACUUGGAACCACCAUCACUAAAUCAGGAGCUAGUUAUGCAUAUAUAUUGGAGGCCUUUGGAAGCUUCAUUGCCUUUAUACGCCUGUGGACUUCACUAUUGAUCAUUGAGCCAACCAGCCAGGCAAUUAUUGCAAUAACAUUUGCCAACUAUAUCGUGCAGCCUGUCUUCCCUUCCUGUCAACCUCCUUAUAUCGCUUGCCGAAUUAUUGCAGCGGCUUGUAUAUGUCUUCUAACGUUUAUAAAUUGUGCCUAUGUUAAAUGGGGAACAAGGGUGCAGGAUGCAUUCACCUAUGCCAAAGUCAUUGCCCUUAUUGUCAUCAUCAUAACAGGAAUUGUUAAACUAAGCCAGGGAUAUUCGGACCACUUUCAGGACUCUUUUGAGGGAUCAUCUUGGGAUCUUGGGGGUAUUUCUCUUGCACUUUACUCUGCCUUGUUCUCAUACUCAGGUUGGGACACCCUCAAUUUUGUAACUGAAGAAAUAAAACACCCAGAAAGGAAUCUGCCUCUAGCUAUUGCUGUUUCUAUGCCAAUUGUGACAAUUAUCUACAUAUUGACCAAUAUAGCAUAUUAUACAGUGCUGGAUAUUAAUGCUGUGCUUUCUAGUGAUGCAGUGGCAGUGACAUUUGCUGAGCAAGUGUUUGGCAUGUUCAGUUGGACAAUCCCGAUUGCUGUUGCCUUGUCCUGCUUUGGUGGACUCAAUGCAUCUAUUUUGGCCUCAUCUAGGCUGUUCUUUGUUGGAUCCCGGGAGGGUCAUUUGCCUGACCUUUUGUCAAUGAUCCACAUAGGAAGAUUUACACCAGUCCCAGCACUUCUCUUCAAUUGUACCAUGACGCUCAUAUACCUGACUGUAGAAGAUGUAUUCCAGCUUAUUAACUACUUCAGCUUCAGCUAUUGGUUCUUUGUGGGACUAUCAAUUGCUGGGCAACUCUACCUCCGUUGGAAGCAACCAGAUCGGCACAGGCCACUCAAGUUGAGCCUGUUUUUCCCAAUAGUCUUCUGCAUAUGCUCAGUAUUUCUGGUGGUGGUGCCUCUCUAUAGUGACACCAUUAAUUCCCUGAUUGGCAUCGGCAUUGCACUCUCAGGAAUUCCAGUAUACUUUGUGGGAGUCUCCUUACCCGUUUCCAAAAGACCACCCUUUGUCAGCAAGAUUUUAGGUGCUGUCACUCGAGCCACUCAGCUACUUUGCUACUGUGUUCUGACAGAAAUGGAUACUUUAGAAGAAAAACUAGAAACCAAAUCUAUAUAAAGAUGCAAAAGUGACUAAAAGGUAAUCCAGCAGAUGGUAGCAUUUGGGACAACAGCCAUUACAAGCAGCAGCAGCUGCUGCUACCACCUCCUUGUCCUCUCAUGCUGCUUGGGGCCAGCUGCUCAAUUUGGACAUGGCAGGAACUGAAACAAGGAACUCCUUCAGCAGCAGCAUGCUCACCAAACUGUGCACAGCAGCUGCUGUAAUCGCCUCUUCUCUCACCUUAGGAUGUUGGAGUCUGGUUGCUAAGUUUAGUGAUGGCAGAGACCACACUGAGCUCCCCACCCUUCAGUGGCAGCUACCUGGGCCAGUCUUCCCAGCAACAGUGGUGUCACCUCUCUCUUUGUGACCCACAUGUUUAGUAGCAGCAGGAACCGCAUCAAAACUUCUCACCAAUAGCUCCCUGGGCCAGUGUACCUAGUAAACAGCUUGUAGUGUAGUUGCAGGAACAGCUGCUUUCUCUCUCAUUCCCAAUGCUAUCUUCUCAGUUUGUCAGUGGAGUGUGUGUGCCACUAGCAGUCUUAACUUCCAGCAAGAACUGAGACUGGCUGGCUGGGAUAAUUUCCGGAAGGCACAUCACAUGUCAGGGGUUGGCUAUGGGAGAGUUGCAGAGGGCCUUCCAUGCAACCUUGCUAACCUGUCCUGCUCCUGAAGGCAAGUGUUCUACAAAGGAUAAAGAGGAUGUCUGUAUUGUCCAUCCCCUCCAACCCACCCACUGUUCACCCAUCCCUGCCUGCAAACUGCCACACUUACAGGGGUUUCCUAGUGUUAAAUAAUAGAAAUAUAUGUGAUUGCUGAGGCAAAAGCCAAAGGGUUUUAUUUAGAAGCCCUUUGUUAGUUUCCGGUUACUUCUACAUGGCUAGUUGAACAAAACCCUAUCUGCAUUUGUUAAAUAAUAAAAAUCCCAGAACUUGACAUAUUGUCUAAAUAUUAGUUUGAAUACUGUAGUGCACAGCCCUAUAAGAGGGCAACUAUAUAGCUGCAGCUUGAGGAAAAAUACUGAAAUCUGCCAAUUCAAAUGUCUUAUUUGUUACUAAAGGACCUGAACCUGCAUUAAUAGGCAUGUGAUUGUGAAAAAAGCGGGGCUUUCCUGCACUGCAGAUUUUCAUGGUUUUGUGUCACGGCUGGAUUUAUAAUCUGGUCCAUUUAUCCAGAUAUUCCUGUGGUGUUUAUUUUUUUGCCUGCAGAAAAUUUGAGACUUGCUUUGAAGUUCAUUCUUUUAACAGAAUGAU